CAAACAAAAGUGCUUUUACGACACUGCUUCUAUUUCUACGAUCGACUUUGGGCGGCUUCGUUUCGGGUUUGACAUUCGUGGACAUUGCGAUUCCUAUCACUGAUGGUCCUCAUUGCUUCGGUUUGGGCGGGUGUUGCCUUACCCUCACUGUUGCGAUGGUUCAUCUUGGGUUUUCCAGUCACCCAGCCAACUGGUGCCUGUGGCAUGUUACCAGGCAAAUCGAUCAGCAAUCGCCGUCCACACCCUGGAGUUUCUAUUGAGUUUACAGCACCGGUCACUGUAUAUUUACCCGCGCACCGACAAAAGUUCCGCCUCCUGCUUUUUUUAUCAGCUCGACAACGCGAUAGCUCUACCACUGUGAUCAUCGGUGCCGUGGCAACUGCAUACCACCGCGGUGUACCGGAGCGUGCAAUGACGCAUCAUGGGCUCGACUCGCUCGCAAUACAUAUUGCAUGGAAGAGAAGAUUGUUGGCCUCGCGGCUUACAUCGGUCUUGUGGACUUCGGAACACAGAUCCAGUCUCUUACUGUGCACCACCUUCAUGGUUGAAAUCAUUUCCUUUUCCUUUCCUUUUAUCUGCUUUCCACGUCCUGCUUUCCUCGCUUUUUCCACUGUACCUUCUAGCAUCAUGUUAACCCAAACUUUUCCUCCCUUCUUCAUCCUUUUCUUGUUUGCUUCUUUCGAGGCGACGAGAAAAAAUAUUGCACAGACACCACCAAUAGAUUGCACAGUGUUGCAUUCACGAACGGAGACGAAACUCAAUACCCUUUUCUUUCUGGCAGACAAUCGGGCUCUUGUUGUCGCACUCGUGCUUCGACAAUCCCACGACAAGGAUACCUCUGGUUUUUCAGCAUAGCGUAUCACCUUCAGCAUUGCCUUGGCGGAUGAUUGGCGUGAUUUCAACAGCACGAUGACUUUUUGCGAUGACAUCCCCCACAGCGAUUCCGUUGCCUCUUCUUGACGUGGAAUCCUGGUCCUUUGGUGGCCCUGGAUGAAGCAAUCUUGAGUUGGAUCGGUGGAGGAUCGGGUUCCUAUUGGAACUGGUGGCAUUGCAUCA